UACUCUCGCAAUGCCCUCAUCAGCCCAGCACACUUUAUCAGUACAAGCAGUAAAUGGUAAUUGCAGUUUGGACAUUGAAACCUCUCUACUCAUCGCCACGUGUUCAUUUAUUUCUCCAGCAAUUGAAAACUUUGAAAACCUCUCUGGUCCGUUCCUCUCGUGUUGCCAUCUUUUUAGCUAAAUGGCCGGUAAGGAGGAAGAUCUGCAGGACAGCCAGCACGGAGUCAAUCUGGACCGUGAGCAGUUCUGCUGCUCCGUCUGUCUGGAUCUGCUGAAGGAACCCGUCACCGUCCACUGCGGACACAGUUACUGCCGAGGCUGCAUCGAGAGCUGCUGGGACGGGCAGGGUGAGAGGGAGGAAUACAGCUGCCCCCAGUGCAGGGAGACCUUUCAUCCCAGGCCUGUCCUGAAGAGAAACAACAUGCUGGCUGAGGUGAGGGGGGGCCUCUGCUCUAAGGUUGUGGAGAAGCUGAAGAUGAGUUAUCCCCAACCACCGCCGCCGUCUCUGACCCUGGCCGCCCCGCCAGACGUCGCCUGCGACUUUUGCAGUCUCGGACAAAACAAAGCCACCAAGUCUUGCUUGACGUGCUUGGCGUCUUACUGUGACGAACAUGCUGAGCCUCACUACACUGUCCCCGUGUUGCAGAAGCAUGAACUGAUCUCAGCUACGAUGCCAGUAGGGGACAAGGUGUGCACCGAGCAUCGGAAGUUGAUGGACCUCUGCUGCCAGACGGACGAGCAGCUCAUCUGCACUGAGUGCAUGGUGGACAAACAUAAAGGUCACCAGUUUGUGUCAGUUUUGGAGUUAAAGGAGACAACAAAGGAACGGCUGGAGAAAGUUCGAAAGCAAGUUCAAGAGAAAGUCCAGCAAAGAGAAGAAGAGCUGGAGACGAUCAUACAAGCAGAGAAGAAUGUUAAGAGCAGUGCCCAGACCUCAAAGGCAGACUGUGCCAAGGCGUUCUCCGAGCUGAUCUCGUCCGUGCAGAACAGACGCAGUAAGCUGGAGCAGCUGAUCGAAGCCCAGGAGAAGAGCGCCCUCGCUCAGGCCGGGGCGCUGAAGCAGCAGCUGGAGAAGGAGCUGGGCGAGCUGAGAGGGAGGGACGCUCAACUGCUGCGGCUUUCAAGCAGGGAUGACGUUGUCCCCCUUAGACAGCUUAACUCCAUUUCCAUUGCAUUUCAAGACUUUGCGCUGGGUGCCGGUCUGCCACGUUCUUUCACAGAUGUGACUGCCUGUGUGACUGAGCUGAAAGCUAAAGCAGACAUUUUGCUGAAGGAGACAUGGCCCAAGAUCUCAACUACGGUCUCUUACGUUGACUUCUCCCUUCCGCCUGCACCCAACAGCAGAGAGGAGUUUUUGCGCUAUUGGCGUCCCCUUACACUGGAUGACACGUCAAACUACAUUAACCUCAACCUGAUGGACAACAAACGUAAAAUCAGGCCUUCACCCAUCCCCUAUCCUACUAAUCCAAACAGAUUCACACAGUUCCCACAGGUUCUCUGCAAAGAGGCUUUAACAGAGCGGUGUUACUGGGAGGUGGAGUGGCACGCUCGCACCCUCUCUGCGGCGGUAGCUUACAAAGACGCCAACCGAACGUCGGACGAGUCAGAGUUUGGGAGAAACGACAAGUCUUGGGCUCUAGAAUGCUCAGGAGACACCCUGAAGUUUCGACACAAUGACGUCGAUGUGAAAGUACCGGGCUCUUGCUCCAAAAAGAUCGGCGUGUUCCUGGAUUACCAGGCAGGAAUUCUGAGUUUUUACCAAGCUUCCGACCAAAUGCUGCAAAUCUUCGAAGUCCGGACCACGUUCACCGAGCCUCUUCAUCCUGGUAUUGGUAUGAACUAUGAGUGGUAUGAUACUGGGGUAUUUGCACAGCUGGCCAAAUUGAAAUAGUACAAGAACAUGAAGAUAGUACAGAAAUAGAACCACCGCAGUAACAAUUCUGACAAUGUUUGUGAGCAGCGGUUUGCAGGCGUGGCAAAAAUAAUUCCGUGCAACUGAAUUUCUGUCAAGAACUUGGAAAGUCUCCAAAGCUACAGGUGAAAGGGGAGGAGUAAUUAAACUCUGUGGUGGAAGGAAAGAACGAGGAAGUCCUUUCACUUGGUUUGAUGUGUUUUGAAUUCCCCAACAUUUCCUCGAUUCGUUCAUGUUGUUUUUCUUGCAAAAUCCAUCCGCAUCAAUUUCUCACAAGAGAAGAAUCAGCAACUCCCCUUGUACUUGUGAAGUCAUUUUUACUUUGCAUCGGUCUGUGGUGGAACCAGCUCACACAGAGAAAUGCACAGAACAGAUUUUCUGCCGCCGGAUUUUCUACUUUUGUAGUUUUGAACAGAAAUGGACAAAGUCAAGUUUCUCAGGGUGUUUGAUAUGUAAAAUUGGGUCUUGGGGAAAUAAACAUC